GCGGUCAAAGGCGCCAAUUGCUGCACGUGUUGCUGCGGGGCCGCGCCUCUAGCUGGCCAAUGAACACGCGGCUUCGUUUCCAUCCGGGUUUUGGACAGGGGCAAGCAUGGCGCCACCUGUGAGAUACUGCAUCCCCGGCGAACGUCUGUGCAACCUGGAGGAAGGCAGCCCCGGUAGCGGCACCUACACCCGGCACGGCUACAUCUUUUCGUCGCUGGCGGGCUGCCUGACGAAGACCAGCGAGAAUGGCGCGCUUCCUGUGGUAUCUGUGAUGAGAGAAACAGAGUCACAGUUACUUCCAGAUGUAGGAGCUGUUGUCACCUGUAAGGUCUCUAGCAUCAACUCACGUUUUGCUAAAGUCCACAUCUUGUAUGUGGGGUCCACACCACUGAAAAACGCUUUUCGAGGAACUAUCCGCAAGGAAGAUAUCCGAGCAACUGAAAAAGACAAGGUUGAAAUUUACAAGAGUUUCCGCCCGGGUGACAUAGUUUUGGCCAAAGUUAUCUCCCUGGGUGAUGCACAGUCCAAUUACCUGCUGACCACUGCGGAAAAUGAGUUAGGGGUAGUGGUGGCCCACAGUGAGUCAGGGGUCCAGAUGGUUCCCAUCAGCUGGUGUGAGAUGCAGUGCCCUAAGACCCACACUAAAGAAUUCCGGAAAGUGGCCAGAGUGCAGCCUGAGUUCUUACAAACCUAAGUACGCUUUAGCCCAAAGACAGAGUCAACUAGUUCCAAGAAUACAAGUAUCGAAAGAACAUCAAGAUGCCAUGGUCUUUAUUAAGGUACCUCUAGUCAGCUAGCAGUUACCUCUUGAAAAAAUGUGCCAGAAGUACAUUUGUGUGGUAAUGAAUGCCCAAGGCCCGUGCAGCUGAGACAGGAAGAUUGUUAGGUCCCAAGUGUGAGUCCGCCUGGGCUCCAUUGUAAGACUCUUUCAACCAAAAAUACAAAAAAGAAAAUGUACUCUAUUUGAAACAUUAUUCUUGGGAAACUGAUUUUCUAUUCUCUUGGCUGGCGAAUCUCAUUUAAAGGCAUUUCGCAAACAGAACCAUGUAAUAUUGGAAAUAGCUUAUGCCUUCUUUAUAAAUAUGUAUAUAUGUAUUUUGCUAUGACUGGGGGGAAAAAAAAAAACGUGCUUUUCAUUUGUUA